AUGAAACACUUGGACAAAGAAGCAGAUCUGCCUGACAAGAACAGGAAGUUUUCUACUGCAACCAAUCCUGAAAAUGGCCUCUCCAGUAUCCUGAGGCUUCUUCUGCAAGAGCUGAGUCUCUUCUACAGCCGUGAUGUGAAUGGAGUAUGUCUCUUAUAUGAUCUCCUCCACUCCCAGUGGCUGCAGGCUCUGCUUAAGAUUUAUGACUGCCUCCAAGAAUUUAAAGAAAAGAAACUCGUUCCUGCCACACCUCAUGCUCAGAAGUUAUCUCAUGAGGUUGUGGAGCUGUUAUGUGAAACUCCUCAUAGCCCUGAGAUCCAAGAGCUGAAACAAAUUCUGCAGGCUCCACAUUACAAGGCCUUGCUCAGUGCCCAUGACACCGUAGCUCAGAAAGAUUUUGAACCCCUUCUUCCCCCACUGCCAGAAAAUAUCCCAGAGAGUGAGGAAGCAAUGAGGAUCGUCUGUUUGGUGAAAAACCAACAGCCUCUGGGAGCUACCAUCAAGCGCCACGAAAUGACGGGGGACAUCCUGGUGGCCAGGGUCAUCCAUGGAGGGCUGGUGGAGAGGAGUGGGUUGCUGUACGCUGGAGACAAACUGGUGGAGGUAAAUGGAGUUUCAGUUGAGGGACUGGACCCUGAGCAAGUAAUCCACAUUCUGGCUAUGUCUCAUGGCACAAUUAUGUUCAAGGUGGUUCCAGUGUCUGACCCUCCUUUGAAUAGCCAGAAGAUGGUUCAUGUUCGUGCCAUGAUGGAUUACUGGCCGGAGGAGGAUCCUGACAUUCCCUGUAUGGAUGCUGGGCUGCCUUUCCAGAAGGGAGAAAUUCUCCAGAUUGUGGACCAGAAUGAUGCCCUCUGGUGGCAGGCUCGGAAAAUCUCAGACCUUGCUGCCUGUGCUGGACUGAUCCCUUCUACGCACCUUCUGAAGAGGAAGCAGCGGGAAUUCUGGUGGUCUCAGCCGAACCAGCCUCACACCUGCCUCAAAUCCACUUUCUUGAUUUCUAUGGAAGAAGAAGAUGACAUGAAGAUUGAUGAGAAAUGUGUGGAAGCAGAUGAAGAAACAUUUGAAUCUGAGGAACUAUCAGAAGACAAGGACGAAUUUGUUGGCUAUGGGCAGAAGUUCUUUAUUGCUGGUUUCCGCCGCAGCAUGCGCCUCUGUCGCAGGAAGUCUCACCUCAGCCAGCUGCGUGCUAGCGUGUGCCAGGCAGGCAGCUGCUACAGUGCAGUGGGUGCCCCCUACGAAGAGGUGGUAAGGUACCAGCGGCACCCCUCCGAAAAGCACCGCCUCAUAGUGCUGGUUGGACCUUCUGGUGUCGGAGUCAAUGAAUUGAGAAGACAGCUUAUUGAAUUCAAUCCCAACCAUUAUCAAAGUGCUGUGCCACAUACUACUCGUUUCCCAAAGAGUUAUGAAGUGAAUGGACGUGAGUAUCACUAUGUGUCAAAGGAAGACUUUGAAAGCCUCAUAUAUAGUCAUAGGAUGUUGGAGUAUGGUGAGUACAGAGGCCACCUGUAUGGAACUAGUGUGGACGCUGUUCAGGCAGUCCUUGAUAAAGGAAAGGUCUGUGUCAUGGACUUGGAGCCUCAGGAUAUUCAAGUGGCUCGGACUCAGGAGCUGAAGCCCUAUGUCAUAUUUAUAAAGCCAUCUAAUAUGAGUUGUAUGAAACAAUCUCGGAAAAAUGCCAAGAUUAUUACAGACUACUUUGUGGACAUGAAGUUCAAGGAUGAAGACCUACAAGAAAUGGAAGAGAGAGCCAAAAAAAUGGAGAUUCAAUUUGGUCAGUUCUUUGAUCAUGUCAUUGUGAAUGACAACUUGCAAGAUGCAUGUGCCCAGUUGUUGUCUGCCAUACAAAAUGCUCAGGAAGAGCCACAGUGGGUACCAACAAUAUGGGUUUCUUCUGAUACACAGUCUUAAUCAGUUCUUCUGCCUAACACAGAGUUGUAACAUUGCCCUGGCUACAGGGCUCUGGCUGGCUGCAACUGAAAACAAUA